AUGAGGCUUCAUCACAACAAUUGGAUUAUUUUCAUCAUCUUUAUAGCAAAUAAUGGUUUCUUGUUCAAUAACGUAGCCACUAAAGAUACUCCAAAUCCACUAAUUGAAAAUGAUCACGGUUAUGGGAUAGUCAAAAAUGUUUCUUCAAGUGACACUGGCCAUAGUAAACGAGAAACAUUAGAAUCUUUCCUAAUUUCUAAAAUUGAACUACCUGCUCAUGACAAGACUGAUGAAAAACAACAUAACUUUGUGGUACUGAUGGACAAUAAUAAUCUCAAUAAAGCUGAUGAUGCUUUUCGAAAUGACGAAACUACUCAGACGAAAAAUUUAGAUAUCAAAGAGAGUUUGACUCAACAGCCAAACUUAUCUCAAGGCAUUUCUGAACCUGACCAAGAUGUAGUAUUGACGCUUAUUGACACAGCUUCGACAGAGCUUCAUAGUAUAGCUGAACCUCAUCUUUCAUCGAAUCACGGGCAAGCAUCAACAAACAACUUUUCUCAAUCUAUAGUGUCUUCAGACUUUGAAUCUUCCGUUGAAGAUCCAGAAAAAUUGAAAAUUUCAACUGGCUCACCUGUUAAUUUAAUCGUAGAUGAUAAUAUUAUUAAUUUUGAUGAAUCUUUAUCGACAGAACAAUCAACAGAAUUUCAAAAUGAUGAAAUCCAGAGCCAGUUUUUACAAGAUCACAAGAAUUUACCAAAUGAUAGUGAGAAAAUAAGAAAAACUACCGAAGAACUUUCUGCUUCUGGAGAACUUGAAGAAAGUACUACUCAAACGACGCUUCUUCCAAGAAGCUCUGAAGAAUCCGGUACAGCGAGUUUAGAUAGUUUCGUCGGAUCAGAUGAUUCUGAAAAUCAUGAAGAUAUUCCAUCAUACAAUGAAUGGACUCAGAAAAAAAUGGAAGAAGACGAAAAGAAAAAAACUCAUCCAAACAUAUCAAUACAAAAUCUUGGCACACCAAAUCGUAGUGUUGGAAGUAUGAAAGUUAGGUCUAAAAAUUAUGCAUCACUUGAUUGUGGUGCUAAAGUAGCUGGUUCUAAUAGUGGAGCACAAGGCGCACGAAAUGUUUUAGUAUCUACAAGAGACGAAUAUAUGCUUAAUCCUUGUACUUCCAAAGUUUGGUUUGUAGUUGAACUUUGUGAGGCUAUUCAAGCGAAAAAAAUAGAGCUUGCCAACUUUGAACUUUUUAGUUCAUCACCAAAAAAUUUUUCAGUGUUUAUAAGUAAAAACCCAACAAAAGACUGGAGUCCUGUAGGACAAUUCAUUGCUAAAGAUGAAAGAGAUAUUCAAUCAUUUUAUCUUCAGCCUCAGCUUUUUGGAAAAUUUAUUAAAGUUGAACUACACUCUCAUUACGGUAGUGAACAUUUUUGUCCAAUUUCAUUGUUCAGGGCCUAUGGAAUUAGUGAAUUUGAAGUAUUAGAAACAGAGACAGAAACAAAAGAUAUUUAUUACGAUGAUGAAAAACUUGAUGAUGAUGAAGAUGAAGAGGAUAGUGAAGAUGAUGAUAUGAUCAACAGUGAUGAUGGGGAGAUUUAUAAUGUUAUUAAUAAUAACAAUAAUAAUGAAAAUAUUAUCAAUAAUCAUGAUGGUAAUGAAUCCAAAAAUCUUUUUGGAAGUGCACGGGAUGCUGUUAUUAGUAUAGUAAAAAAAGCUGCUGAAGUUUUAGUAAAAACAGAAAAUUUCUCUGUAAAUAAUAAUAAUACAAAAACUCAAACUGAUAUCGUAAAUGACAUUGAUGAUACGUUUAUAGAUUGUAUAACACCAAGGUACACAAUUUUGUGUAACAAUUGUACAGAAAACUAUUUUGAUAAAGUAUUUGAACUUAUUAGUUGUCGAUUUAAAUAUCUUGAUUCGAUUCUUAAAAUAACUUUAAUCAAUCAAGCUAUAUCCGAAACUGAGGUAUGUGGAUUCAAUGGAGUGAAUUUCAAUUUUAAUCGAGAUGAUUCAAUUGUAAAAAAGAAGACUAAGAAUUUUAAUGUUUCUAAAAGUCGAUCUACUUCGUUGCUAAUAUCAAUUUUUAAGCCUGAAUAUAUUGUUGCUCUGUGUAAUAUUUUUGCGAUAAACGAGCAAAAACUUCCUUUGAAUUCUACUUUUGUUAUCUCAAAUAAUUUAUCGAUAAACACUGUUACACCCGAAAUAGCUUCUUUGUCAUCAGAAUCAUUAACCAGCGUGCAUAAAAUUUCAAAUUUAUGUACUUUAGAUUCUACAAACUGUAAAUCGAUUAUAACUCACUCAAAAGAACCUCAAUGUCAUUCGCAAGGGCCAUUUAUAAAAGAUGAUAUUUUUACAACAGACAUUAAAAAUUCUAAAGUCGUCAACCCGUCAGGAACAAUAGCCGUCAACGAAAAAGAAAUUUUGCUAAUUACACCUACUAAAACUUUGAUUGAUGAUAAUACUGAAAAAAAGUCUCCAGUUAUAAUCCUAGAACCAAGCAAAAGUCUUGCAGAAGAAACUGUACAAUCAGAAACUAUAAUUUCUACUCCAUUAACAAAUUCUGAUGUUGGAACGUCGAAAGUUUUUGAAGAGCUAUCGUUAACAGAUACAUCAAUUGAAUCGGCAUCACAGACCCUUAGUUCAUCAGUUGUGAAAAAUCAUGAGAAUAAUUACAAGUCAAUCACAGCAAACAAUGAUAAAGAAAAUAUAAUAAUUAAUAGUAAAAGUAUAACUAAAAUUUCAGAAGAAAAAGAUGAUAAGUCAAAAGAAAGAGAUCAAGAUGAUAUAAAAUUAACUCCUCAAGAACAACUUAGUCUAGACACUCUUCUUUUGGAUUUAAAAGCUUUAGAAAAUGAUCCUUCGAUUCAAGGAUCUACUGCAUCCACUGUAAUUCAACCAGUAGCUAGCUCAACUCCUCAACAAAAGGAAUCUGUUUUCUUAAGAUUGUCAAAUAGAAUUAAGACUUUAGAACGAAAUAUGUCGUUAUCAGCCCAAUAUUUAGAAGAGUUAAGUCGUCGUUAUAAAAAACAGGUUGAAGAAAUGCAACGAUCACUUGAACGGGCUACUACUACGAUAGGCGAAGAAUUAAAAAAAAAUGAAGAAAAAGAAUUGAAACGUUUAGAAGAAAUUACUCUUCUUCGAGAAGAAAUUUUGAGUUUAACUGAAUCUGUAGAAACGCUUUUAUAUGAUAAAAGUAGUUGGAAGAAUAAACUAUUAAUUUUUGGGCAACAUAUUGUUUUAAUUUUUGUUGAAAUCACUAUUCUUAUUAUAAUUAUAAUACUUUGCCGAAAACCAAGUGAUAUAAAAGAUGUUACAAUUAAAAAAAAUGAUUUAAAUAAAGGGAUAACAAGAAGAAAAAGUGCUGAAUUAAUAACAACAGGUUCUACUAAUAAAAAAUGUAGAAGACCAAGUGAAAUUGUUUCGCGUAUUAAAGGUAGCUAUCGAGACCUGAUGAUUGAUGAACGGUUGGAUACAAGGAAAGAACGAAAAAAGAAAAGAAGAAGAGAUUCUGCAAUAAGAUCAUCGUCCAAUAUCGAAAUUAACAAAAAUGCUAUACCAAAAACAGUUCUCCCAAAACAAUCCUUAUCAAUAAAUUGUUCUAAUUUCGAAAAUUCGGAUGAUCAUCAAAUAAAAACAGUUGAUAUGUCAUCAGAUACUGAUGGCACUCCAUUAAAAAAUCAACUGUCAAUUAAUAAUAGUGAUAGUUCAGUGAGUAAUAUAUUAAAAAAUCGGAUAGUUGUAGAUGAAAUUGACAGUACAUCUUUAGGCAAAAUUGUAAAUAAUUCUGUUGGUAGUCAAGAUUCGCCUGGUAUUUAUAGCGAUUUCGAACAUGAAAAUACGAAAAAUUCCUCAAGAGGCUUAAGAAUUUUAAAAACAGCUAAAUUUCAUUCUCCGUAUUUCAUGAAAACAGCUUUUCAAUCUCGAAGUAAAAAAGAUAAAUUAGAACAUCAUCAUAAUUUGCAGUCUGUUCAAUUAAUAUCUGAUAAUUGGGAAAAAUAUUCUCGAACUUCGGGAAGCUCGAGGUCAGGUCAGGAUAGUCCAUCAAGUUUGAGUGCAUUUUCGGAUUUGUUAUCUGUUAAUUUAAAUAAUUACAAUGUCAAUGGAGACUCUGCUAAAAAUAAUGGAAGUAAUAUCACAAGCUCUUCUGUUAAUGGUCACAUAACACCGACUUCUGAUGUUAAAAUAAAAAAAGAAGGAAGUCUGAGAAAAAUAGUUAAAAAAUUAUUUUGA